UGUUAGAUCGGAAUUAAGUUGGAGUAUUAAAUAGCAUGGUUUGAUAUCCUUAUAUUUAACUUGGUCAUUAAUACAAACCAUAAUGGUAAUUUAUAUAUUUGCAAUUAUUUUAUAUUUUAUUAAUGCUAUUUGUGGGCUUUGUCUUCCUGGAAAACAUGGGGAUAGCUGUAGUUAUAACUGCACUUAUCGUCAUUGUUUUUGCUCGUCCGAACGAGCCUGUGAGGGGUGCGAAAUUGGAUAUUGGGACAGAAGACAAAACUGUGAAUUGCAGUGCAUUUCUCUAACAUGCAGAUGUACCAACAUUACCAACUGUCUUUCUUGCAAAGACGGAUCAUAUGGAUUGGACAGUAAAUGUGACAAGAAUUGUUCUUCUGGAUGCGCUAGCAAUAUAUGUUACAAUAAUGGAACGUGUUUUCGCUGUAAAUCGAAUUAUACAGGAAACACAUGUGAUUCGUGUGAAGAUGGUCUGUAUGGAGCAAACUGCUCUUUACAAUGCAGCCAGGGUUGUGAGGGGAGAGCCUGCAGUUCACGUGAUGGAACAUGCAACUGUAAUACAAAUUACAGAGGCGAAAAAUGUGACUCUUGUAUUGAGGGUCGGUACGGAUUGAGCUGUUCUGAGCCAUGUAAUCCUGGAUGUGUACUCGAUGAUUGCACUUCAAUCAAUGGAAAUUGUGAUUGUAAAGAAUAUUACAAAGGGGACACAUGUGACGUUUGUGUAGACGGGAGGUACGGUCACGACUGUUUGAGUACAUCUCUAAACGAUGAACAUUCAGAGACAGAUGGACCAAACUUUGGGGCGGCUGUUGGUGGUGUAGUUGGUGCUGUUCUUGUAGUGAUUGCUGUUGUCGUUUUUUUCAUCCUAAGCAAACAAAGGAGCAAAUUAUGCUGCAAUAAGCCAAGAGAUGCAGAACAAAUCAGUGGCGAAAUACCUACAUCUCAGCCAGUUGUGUUUGCUGCAGUGUCGAACAAUGGAGUUGAAAAACAUGAGCGAGGACCAUACGAAACAUUAAAAACCACCCACACGGAGGAAAGUGAUAGGAGUGAUACCUACACCGGACUGUUUACAACGGGACAAGCUGGAGCUACAGAAGGUGUCAGCCCUGAUUGUGAAUUGGAUAUUUCAAUAAGAAAUCCAGGGAUUCACUUAUACGCUAACACGAUGCUCAGGAAAUAACAACACUGGCACUUUCUAUUUCAGCAUAUUCUACUAUGAUCGAUUUAGUGUUUAAAAAUGCUAGACUACAAUAACAACAAAGACUAAACGUCAACAAAAAUCACCAGCUGUGAACAAACUUAUUGUUAACGGAACUUGUUUACAAAACCUCCAAAGAACUAACGUCGCCUAAAACCACAAGCUGAAUAAACUGAUUGUUUAACACAGGUGCAGGUAUUAUCACUUCUCAAGAAGUUUAGAGAUAAAGAAACAGAAUAAAGGGACAGCAAAAUUAACUUAUAUCUAUUGUGUCACCAAAAGGCAACCUAAUGUGUUUAUAUACAUAUGUACUUAAUGAUCUUCCUAAAAUUUAGAAGAUAUACUUUCCAUUAUAUAUUAAUGGUCAUCUUUAGCAGACUUUUAUCUGGUCCCCUUCAACUACAACUUUCAGAAAACACCUACAUAUUGUAUACCAAUAUUGUAUUGCCAUUCUUAU